UCAUAUUGUCGAGCAGUGCGUCCCCAUAGUGUAUUUUCCAAUUAAAUUUCGAAGAAAGACUCGGAUCGUAGGAAUGAUAUUGUCAAACCGCAUAUGCUAGCAAACCGAUUGCGCAUUACUGAUUUCGCUCGUCAACAAUACAUACGGCCACGGCUAGGGGGUUGGCACAAGAAAAGGACAGAAAAACAAGCAGAGAUAGUAUGUAAUCUGGCAAAGCUUUUACGUGCGUAUUGUGAAAAUGUAGGCUCGGCAUUACACCCAGACUUUUGGACCUUGCCGAGUAGUAGAACCACUACCAGAAGAGAACAAGAGACCAUCAACUGCAAAUAAGUUUUUCCUCUGCACAGAUUCAACUUGAUCAUGGUGGACAGCAUCUAUCGUACUCGUUCCCUUGGUGUUGCGGCCCAGGGUAUUCCUGAUCAGUAUGCUGAUGGCAAAGCCGCAAAAGUUUGGGAGUACUACAUUGGCAGCCGGACAGAAAGAACUGACAGCUACCGGCAUUUUCUGGUGGAUCUCUUGAAAUCGAGGCAGAGCAGUCACAUCCUUGAUGUGGCUUGUGGAACAGGAAUUGACUCUAUGAUGUUGCUGGAGGAAGGGUUUCAAGUCAUGAGCUGUGAUGCAUCAGACAAGAUGGUCCUUCACGCGUUUAGGGAGAGAUGGGAACGACGAAAGGAAGACUGCUUUGACAAAUGGGAAAUCGAGGUAGCCAAUUGGCUGACCCUACCGCACGACAUCUCCAAAGAAGGAGACGGCUUUGAUGCCAUCAUCUGCCUGGGCAACUCCUUUGCCCAUCUGCCAGACUUCGAAGGCACACAAGAGAACCAGCUGGUGGCCCUCAGGAACUUUGCCACCAUGCUGAAGCCCGGCGGCAUUCUGAUCAUCGACCAUCGAAACUAUGAUGCCAUCUUAGACACCGGACGGGCCCCCAUUAAAAACAUCUAUUACAAGGGUAACUGUAUCAAAGAUAUCCAGACAUCGGUGCUGUAUGUCAACGGCCGGCCAUCCAUGGUGACGUUGGACUACUUCAUCACCGUGAAUGAGUUGGCAAAAUCGGAGAAGGUUCGCAAGAAACUGGCACUCGAUGAGCCAGUCUACAAAUUCCGUCUUUCCUACUACCCUCACCGCCUGAAUGCCUUCACAGACAUCCUCAAGAAAAGCUUUGGAGAGAACGCCGUACACUCAGUCUUCGGAGACUUCAAGCCAUUCAAGGAAGGCGAUACCCCAUCCUACUAUAUACAUGUCAUUGAAAAACCUCUGGGAUGAAUAUUCCAAACCCUAGAAUGAUUUCGACCCUCGAAAUAGCUUUGAGAUUUGUUUUAAGGCCACAGAGCUUUGAUUAUUUGGGGGGAGGGGUGGAGGUGUAGAUUAGUUGAACCCUUUUCAUGUUUGAUUUUAAACAAAGGGCAGCUGAUGUUUCUUGUGUAUGCUGGUUCUCUUUAAUCGACAUUAAUACAGGAGCAAACUGUCUGUCUUAAGAGCUUCAACUAGCUGAAAUGUCUUUACAGUGCAUGUAAUUCACUGGUAUUUGCAACUGUAAAAGUGAAUCUAUCUUUGUAUUUAUCCUGCAGUUUUAAAGAACAAAAACCUUUCUUUUUUCCUCUGAGUCUGUCUGCAACAUGACCAAGAAAAGAAAAUUCAAGAAAAUGGCACUUUCCAAUUUUUUUUUCCUCACCAGAAGACACUUUUUGAUGAUAUAUGACAGCUGCGGAUUUUUUUCAUUGCGUGUAACUAAUCAAAGUGUAAAAUGAUGGGUUUGUUCUUUAUAAAUGAUUACAAAUCAUGGCAAUAAAAGCUGUAUCAGAACAAGGCAAUUAUGCAUUGAUCACUUUCCAUCAUUUUAGUUAGCCUUUUGUGCAUUUCGUGCUGUUCUUUUUUAACCCAAGGUUUCGUUUUGACUGUGCUUACAAUUAAUUAAUCAAAUCGAGUAACACUGAAAGAUUUAAACAUUGUCCUUAGGGCAAAAGGAAUUGUAAAUAAGGGAGUAAACCUUGACAAAUGUGGUCAAUCAAAAAAUUGUGAAAUUAAAAUUCAGACUCUCAGAUUCAAAGCAUCUCUUGGACAAGUGAGGCUGUAAACAUUUCUACUGUUAAAAUGAUUUCAAGUGGUUCUGUCUAAAGGUGUGAAGUGGUUAAAAUUCUGAAGCAUAGAAUGAUAGCACAUCCCAAACAAGGUACCGGCUCUGUGUGGCUAAGGCUGCCCAAUAUUGUGUACCCACUGCAAAAAAAGGAAUUCAUAGCCGUAGAUUGCUCAGUUCAGCUCAAAUGUGCAGCGCAGAACAGUGUGAAGUCAUGAUGCAUCAAUUUCUUUAAACGUUUUUAAGGGUUGUAAUGUGGACUUGGAAAAAGGAGAUUGGGAAUGUCUGGUUGACAUUUUUGUGUUUGUUUAAAAGUCGUAUAAAAUGGCAUAAUUCAUUAUAUUCCUGGUAAAAAGUCAAUAGUGUUCUCUACAUUUAACUGAUUCGAAUGUUCGAAAAUGUGGGUCCAUGUCUAAGUACACGUAUUUGUUAAUUGACUUUGAAACACACCUGUAUUGACUUCACAAUUAUUAAAGGAAGUGAACCAAAGUGGUGAAGUAAUUAAUACCAUUUCAGAAUAUAUUUUACUAAUUGUUCCAAAUGUCAGCUCUAUGCAAAGAUUUUUUCCUUGGAUGAAAGAGUUUGAUUGUCAGCAUCUAGUAAGAUUAGAUUCCUCCAAUCGUAGCAUUUGAUCUGUACUCUUUGAAAGAUGGUCCCAUCCACAAGUCCUUUCAUAAGUACCCGCUCAAGUACAGUCCAAGUCUCCACAAGACGAGACAUGAGUAACAGGGUGAGCAAUGACACAGGAGCGCUCUUGUCAAAUAAUAGUCUGUUGCUUGUGGUGGAUUCAUCAAGCACUGCUAGGGGAGAACAGUCAAAAGAGGGGUAUGUGAUAAAGAGAUGAUUUUCCAGCCAAAGUUAAUCAAGAAACAUGUUUGUGUAGAGUCCUCAAAUUGUUUUGGCCGAGGAUUGCUAAAGUAAAAAUGUAUUGCAUUGUUAAGAUAGCUUUUACGAUUUAGUCCAAGGAUGAGAGUUUGUGUUGAUUAUGACGGAUACAUUAAAAAUUGUAAACAAAAUGAGAAAAUAAUAUUGAUAUUAUGAAAAAUUA